UCGAGCAUCGAGUACUCAGUAGCGAGUAUCGAGUAUUGGCGUGAAUCACAAAAAACGGUCAGUCGUGUGUGUAAAUUAUGUACAAAACGUGCCUCUGUCUGAUAGCGGUGCUGGGGGUCGCAUGCGCCGCCAAUCUAGGCUACUUGCCGCGCCAGAUGCAGCAGCAGUCGCUGCCACAGGUUCAGCCGCAGGGCCAGGCGUAUUAUUAUAAGGCGCCCAGUGUGAGCACCAUGGCGGCGUUGCGUCGCAUCAUACAGGGUCACCUGCAGCGUUUCCAGCUGGCGGACAGGCAGCGUUUGCUGCUGUGGCAGGCUAAGCCGGAAGUGCAGCUGCAAUCAUUGCAACGGCAGCCCGCUGUCGCUGCCACACAGCAGAGCUUGGACUAUGGGGUGCCACCAAAUACGCCAACACCCAAGAACUAUGCAAUGAAUUUCCUGCCUGACGGCAAGGAUGUGGCACCCGGAACUUCUUACAUACCGCUCAAGCUGUUGCGGAUUCGACGCUGAUGUGAGAUGACGCGCUCGCUGAUUGACGCCGGCAUCGGCGUUGGCGUCGGCAUCGUCUGUUAUUCAAAUUAGUUCGAGGCAGCGGCAUGUGGAAUGCCGUUCUUGAUAAGCAGCCAGUGGCAACCAGUAAAUGAGGUUAAUUUGUUAUAAUCCUACUGGUUGUUAUAUAAUUUAACGUUAUAUUUAAAUACCAUCAAGCAUAGUCUCUAAGCAUUCCGUAUUCUAAUUUAAGCCCAAACUAAUUUGUGCCUACAAAUACAAGUCGGAAAAAAGCAUAA